AUGUCGCUGGCCAUUUUGCAUCCCCUGCUGCUUCUGCACAUCUCCGACCACCAGACACGCGUCAAAGGCCCGGUCGGCGGCGGCAUUCUGGGAGUAUAUGAGCCGGACUCGAAAACGUACGCUCUGUUCCUCGGAUUCGAAAUCGACACCACCGACGGCCUCCAGGAACGUCUGGCCCUCUUUCGUGAGGUGUAUCCGCAGCUGGAGUUGCUCGGGUCGUACCAGACGGCAGACCACGACACAAUUGACCUUCCGACAAAGGUCGAACCGGUGACACUGCGUGUGAAUGCCACGCACAGCGCGUUCGUCCAGGGCAAACAGAUCAAGACCGAAGUCAAGCCCACCCCGUUCGAGGAAAUCGGUCUCAACACAAUCGCCGCUGCAGACACGUCACAAAAGUCGGCGACGCAGCUCGCCAACGACGCCAAAGCCGGCCUCGACACGUUCCACGCGCGCAUCGCCAACAUCCAGACGUUUCUGCGCACGCUCGCGUCGCGCAGACCCACGCCCGUCGAGUACAACAAGCUGCGUCGCAUCAACGAGCUGAACACACAGCUGGCUCUCCUGCAGACCGAUCUGGACCCGUCUCCCAGACUCAUCGACCUGACGCUACUCUUCCACGCCAUCAGGAAGCUCGACCCGCGCGUGCCCGCCACGUUCUACACGUACGUCCCGAACAUCGACGUGGCACAGUCGCUGCUCCGGACGGUUCACUCUGUGGAGUCCUCUUUCAACAAAAGGCACAAGUACGACUGGGUGUUUGCGUACUACGCGGACCACGAGAUGUCACCGGAACUGCGUGCGCGCUUGCAGAAGCUGUGUUCCGGCCAGGUACACUUUGAACGCAUAUCGUCGCCGCACUACGAUGUGCCUGAGUCGAUCGACCAGGGGAAGCUGCACCAGGCUCUCAGACAGUCUGCCUCGGCGUCGCCCUGCUCCAAGUUUCUGCAGUACAAGCUGAAAAACCGUUUCCAGACGUACGGGUUCCAAUUCCUGCCAAUCAUGCGCAACUACAGAUACUACUGCAACGUCGAGGUCGGCUCCCAGCUGGCGUGCGACGUGGAGGACGAUUUUUUCCGGCACAUGCACUCGAACCAGCUGGUGUACGGGUUUGCGAGCGCGCCGGUCGAGUCCAGGACGCUCACCAAGUCGCUGGUGCCUGCGUUCGAGCAGUUUCUCGGUCUUUUGCCCUACAACGAGACAGACGUGCUGCCGUUUGUUUACGAAAACGAGUACACGCAAUGCAAUUUUGACUCCAACUUCGAGGUGGUGGACCUCGAGUUUUUCCGCUCGCGGGACUACGAGCGGCUCUUCCACUACCUGGACAACACCAAUGGGUUCUUCCUUGAGCGCUGGACCGACUACAACGUCAAGACGCUGGCCGUGGCGUUGUUUGUGCCUGCGUCCAAGAUCUUCUGGCUGCCCAACACCGGCGUCUCCGGCCUGCUCAACCGCAACACGUGUCCGCUGGACAAGGACGUGAGGAUCCGCAACCGCUGCGCCUGCGAUCCGGCCAAGGACUUUGCGUUUUCGCCGCAGAGCGGUCUGCGGCGCCUGUUUCACGUGCUCAACUGGGACCUGCCCGAGUCUGUGCCGCCAACAACCGCGAACGAGCUCGCUCCCAAAUUCCGCACGCCCGUCAACAAGCUCGAGGCGUAUCUGUGGACGUUCGAGUACAUGAAAAGUGAUCUAUGGUUCCGCGAGCAGUUUAUGGGGAAACCAAGGCAUAAAAGAGACACCACAUCAUGA